AUGGCCGGCCAGAGCCAAUUCAAGUCACCGAACUCGGCCCAGUACCUGAUUCAGAAACAUGACAAUGACUCAGAAAACAACGACUUCGGAGUUGCAGGAAGAGGAAAACGGAAGAGGGAUGACGAUCUGAAGGGAGAUCUGGACGGAGGAGGGCCUUCUAAGCUCUCCCGAGCUCCCCUGGGCGGCCUCAAGGACAAUGGCAAAUCCAGCAAGGGGGCCGGAGAAAAGGGGGCGCAAGCCAACCAUCGAACCCUUCCGGCCGUUUUUGGAUUCUCCGCAGCUAUCCCCUCGAGCGGCUCAAGGCCCUCGCCGUUAGGGGCGUUCCCACCCCUCUAUGGCAACCUCACCAGUCGCGCCAUGAACCGAAACGUGAGACGUAGCGCCCACCGCGCCUCGAAGAAGCAAGACGCCAGAAAUUUUAGGGCCCUAUCACAAGACGGGUUGACCCUGAAGAACUACUUCGCGGCACAGCCCAAGGCGAACCACCGCGCUGAUGACGAAGAAGUCGUGGUGCUCGGCGUGCCGCCGCCUAGCAAGGCCGAGCAUGAAACUCGACUGCGCGCCCUGACCGAUAAGCAUAAGGCGGACCAGCGGGACGAUGACGAAGAAGUACAAGCUGCAGGGCUAGGCACCUCCCCGCCUAGCAAGGCCGAGCCUGAAGCCCAACUACGUGUUCUCGUCGACAAGUACCAAGCGGACAAACGGCCCGAAGAAGAAGCUGUGGUGCAGGAUGUACCCCCACCUGAACGGAAGAACAGGAUUGAAGCUCGGCUGCGUGCCCUGGUUAACAAGCCUAAGGCGGACCAGAGCCACAGCGACGAGGAAGUUGCGGGACUGGGCGUCCCACCGCCCACCAAGGCUGAGCACGAGGCUCGACUCCCUGCCCUUGUCAAUAAGCAUAAGGGCCCCGUCAGUAAGGGAGAUGAAGACGACAUAGUCAUGAACAAUAGACAGGCCCCUAGUAGCAGCCAUACGAAGGGAGUUGCAGCCAGCGGACUGGACAAGAGCGAUGAGGACCUGUUCAAUCACUUCAAGAGGAAGCUUUCACCAAAGCCAACAACUACAGUCGUCCAGUACCUUCCGUCCAACAGCCGGGCCUCACUCAACCAACCAGGCCCAGGGAAAGCCCAGUCUAGCAACAGAUAUCGUCCAAGCGACGCCGCUGCCAGAUCAGGCCCUAGCUUCCGCACUUCUGCUGCCCCAGCCAAGCCUGCCCCGCCUGCCUCGCGCCUCCCAAUCCGAGACUCGCCGCUGCGGCCCCCUCCCUUGGGCCAUAAUAACGGCCUAGCAGACAACGAAGAUGUUUUACCUGUCCGAAGCCAAGCCCCUCCCGCCGCAGCUCCCAUCCCAAGACGCACUCCAGCUGUCGCCACCCCUCGCCAUGCCGCAGUCACGCCAGCCGCAGCGCCCCCAGCCCGGAUCCCGGGCCAGGGGGGGCUGAUCCCGGCGAUCCGGGCGGCGGACGCGUUCCCUGACCUGCAGCCGGUGCGCACGUACACGGUGUUCAAGCAGGAGCAGCAGGCGCAGACGCCAAGCCUAGACCGGGGCAACCUUUACGCGACGGUGCGCGAGGUGCGCAUGCGGUCGCACGCGUCUCUCGCCGACGCGAACCGACACGCCGAGGACACCAUGGCGCGCAACGACGCGCGCGUGCGCGCCGCCGUGCGGUCCAAGGCGUGGCUGGCCGUCGAGGGCGGACCGGGGGAGGGCGCCACGUUCAGGGGGGAGACGGUGUUCGCCACGGGGGAGCGGCACGUGUUCCUCGUGCGGGAGGAGCUGGUCGCCCUCGUGGACCUGCCGGCCGUCCUGGCCACGCGGAACGGGAGGAGGCACGCGCCCGAGCCGGUGCUGCUGGAUAAGGAGAGGGCUGGGGUGUAUCGGAUGCGGUAUGAUGUCUUCUCGAUGAGGGUUUACCCCGGCAGGGCGGGUGGAGAUGUCGCUGGCGGAUCUGCUGCGGAGCUGGUGGCUGCGACAGCUCCUGUGGAGCGCACGGUUGCUUCCGAGGAGGAGGAAGCCGGGGCAGGGGAUAAUGAGGAGGAACAUGUCCCCUUGGGCAGAACUAGCCCCAUGGCUAAGGAUAGCAGCCCAGACGACGACGACGACAGCAGCAGCAGCAGCGGUAGCAGCAGCAGCAGCAACACCGACAGCAGUAGUGACAACGACAACGACAACGACAACGACAACGACAACGCCGCAACCAGAGACCCAGACAAGUCCAUCGCUAGCGACGCCGACAGCAGCGCCGCGAGCGCCGCAGCGGCUCUAAGGGGCCCGGCGGCGGCGGCGGCGGCAGCGACACAUCCACUCCGCUCCGCGACCCACCAGGCCGGCUCCCACGGUGGGCACACGUGCUUCCGGCAGGCCAACCGGGCGGCGCUGUCGGUGUUCCUGUCGCUCGCGCGGCCGACCAACGCGCGCGUCGAGGACAACCUACACUACCAGUACCACGUGCGGCCCGAGUACGAGUCGUCGUUUGAGCAGUCUGGCGCCGCCGCGGGGACCCCCGGCCGCGACGCCGGCCUCGUCGAGAUCGAGUGGGCGCCCCCCGGGGAGCCGUACCGGUGGCCGUUCGUCAUGCUCAAGGUGUGGGUUGAGGAGACCACCCUUCGGGGCCCCGUGGAUUUCGGGGGUAUGAUCGUCGGGAGCGAGGAGGCGCUGGUGGAGGAGAGUAACGGCGAGGGCGAGGGCGAGGACGCGGGGGCGGGCCGGGAUGCGGAGGAGGGCUCGCACGAGGAGGUGAGCUCUGAGGAGUAG